GGGGCUGGAAUUUGCUCCUCUGACGUCACUGCCUGUUCCUCUCCCAGAUUUGGGAAAAAAAAAAAAGUUGUUUCACUUUAAGUGGGAUCUGAAACCCAGAUUUCAUAGAAAGCGAGGUUUCAAUGUGCGUCUAAUCAGGCCUUAUCCAGAAGAGACACCGCUGGAUUGUUGCUGGAGAACUGAGCCAUUGAAUUCAUUCAUCUUUAGAGUUGCUGGUGACUCAUCGCUGUCCAUCAAAGAAAAGUCGUAGACUGUGUGGCUGCACGCAUCCUCUUCGGCUAAACACGCACAUGCUUAAGGCCUGCUGCGGAUAUCUGAUCCCCAACCGUUACAGGUGUCUGUCGUUUUUCACCUCCAUCAAAGCUGUUUCAGUCUCAACCAUAAAACAAAGAACCAUGUGGAGUGGCCAGAACAACGGGAGCCAGCACGGUCAUGUGACUGCCCGAAUGGAGACCAGUUUGCCAAUGGGGACCCCAAGCAUCUCGGUAUCGCAGCACCAGGCGCCUAAAAAAUUCGCUCCUGUCGUGGCACCCAAACCCAAGUUCAACCCGUACAAGUCGCCAGGUGACGCGACACACGACAUUGCAGGCGAUUACCCUCCACCACCUCCACCUGUAGCGGACACCAGCAGCUUGCCGUCGUCUUCUUCCUUCCCUCCACCUCCACCGAUGGACGAGAGCUCCUUUGGAUUUCAGAUCAAAGGGCCGGAGAAGACCCUGGAGGAGAGACGCUCCAGCCUGGAUGCUGAGAUCGACUCUUUGACCAGUAUUCUGGCCGAUCUGGAGAGCAGCUCACCAUAUAAGAGUCGCACGCCACAGAAUUCUGCCACUCUACCAGCAAUGGGCUCCAAUGCUCCUGUUACAGGCUACAAACGCAUGGUCAUCCCAACCCAGCCACCUCUGACUGCCACCAAAAAGUCCACUCCUAAGCCUCAGGCUCCUCCAUCUGCUGCUCCAGCCUCCUCUCCAUCUCCUUCCUCACGGCCUCAGCAGCCAGUUCCUGCCUCCUACAGCACGGCUUCUACCCCCAGCCAGCCCACGUUCAGUGUGCAGGCACGAGCAGCUCAGCCUGGCCCUCAGCAGCAACAGCAGCAGCCUGGCCGAGCCACAUAUGCACAAGGGCAAUAUACCCCAGCCCAGCCUCGAGGCCCUGAUUUUGCCUACGGGCCUCCACAGCCCACUUUCUCCCCAGCUGGAGGGUACCACGAGCAACACUAUGGUGGAUCUCCAGCCCCUGGAGGCCAGAACACUUGGAGAGCUGAGCCAAGCCACCAUGCUGUACCACCACACAAUCAGGGCUACCAGCCUCCUGCCCCAAAGAAGACCUACAUCACCGACUCUCCUACCAGCAUGGCACCUUAUGGAGCAGGAGCCAUGGGAGCGCAGAAGCCUCUAGGUCAGUCCACUGCUCACCCUGAGGAAGAGUUGGACAGACUGACCAAGAAGAUGCUGUACGACAUGAACAACCCACCAUCAGAGGAAUACUUCGGCCGCUGUGCAAGCUGUGGGGAGAACGUGGUUGGUGAAGGCACUGGUUGCACCGCCAUGGAUCAGGUCUUCCAUGUGGACUGCUUCGUGUGCAUGACCUGCAGCAGCAAGCUGAGAGGCAAACCCUUCUACGCUGUAGACAAGAAGGCUUACUGUGAGCCAUGCUACAUUAACACCUUGGAGACCUGUAACAUCUGCAGUAAGCCCAUCAUGGAGCGGAUUCUGCGGGCGACAGGUAAAGCUUACCACCCACACUGCUUUACCUGUGUGGUGUGUCACCGGAGCCUGGACGGCAUCCCUUUCACCGUGGACGCCUCCAACCACAUCCACUGCAUCGAGGACUUCCACAAGAAGUUUGCUCCCCGUUGCUCUGUGUGUAAAGAGCCCAUAAUGCCUGCUCCUGGCCAGGAGGAGACGGUGCGCAUUGUGGCCCUGGACCGGGAUUUCCAUGUGCAGUGUUACCGCUGUGAGGACUGUGGCUGUCUGCUCUCUGAGGGUGAUAAUCAGGGCUGUUACCCACUGGAUGGUCACGUUCUCUGCAAGAACUGCAACACCAGCCGCAUCCAGGCUCUCACUGCCAAGGCCACCACCGACCUCUGAGUCUAUUCUAUUCUCACACACUCAAACACACACCCAUAUAUACACACACACAUACUCCUAACUCAUCUGAUGGCUGCAUUUAGAAAUAUCCUCACGCUUAAAACUUGUGCGCGCACACACACACACACAGACAAACAUGCAGUUCGUAAUGAUCACAUUGUAGACGUUUGUUGCUGUCAGGCUGAAAGCAUUUUAUCUCUGCAUCUUGUACGUACGCAAAUAAAAACCAAGCAUUUAGUAGCUGAUUGAAACUUUAAAGGUACCGUGAAUAGAAUAAUCCAGAAAGACUUGAGAAAUCAUUACAUAAGGAUAGUUAUGAUGAUGGUGAACUGUUACAGUAGGAAACUCCUUUGUUUUGUAUUUCUUUGUAUAUCUUACGUACGUAUGGCCAGUGGUCAAAGAGCAAAAUGUGACGGGAACAAAUACGUAGUAAAUAACAUUUCGUUUACAGGUUCCCACAGAUUUGAGUCAUCUGUGUCCCAUGAGAGAGAUUUUUCAGGCAUAACUCUGUCUAAAAUUCCAGCUCAGUCAGUCGAUGAUGAGCUUUAACGUUAUUCUGUGUCCUUUAGGAGUGAAAGCAGCACCAUAAUCCACUUAUUCAUUCAGAUAUUCUGACAAUCAGUAGCUUUGGGUUCAUCAUUCAUUCAUAUUAUACUCAUGUUGUACGUAUGUAUAUGUUUGACUUGCAAAAACAUGGUGACGGGGCCACAUAUAUGUAUGUAUGAAUACACACACACAUACCUAAGGAGAAAAUGCUCUUAUUUCUUCAUAUUGCCUUAUAAACUAUAUUAAAGGGCUUUUCGGGGUUAAUAUUUGGGUGAAUAAUAUGCAAACAGAGUUUAAACGUGUACAAGAUAUUAAAGCUCUAGUUCCAGGUGUAUAGAGGAGGGGAAGUUGAAUAGUAGCUGCGCAGUUGUUCCACAACUAUCCAAGACAAACACAUCAAUGAUACGAAUACAAAUAGGAUUUCGACAGUAUUUCUUGAAAAUCAGUAAAAUCUGCGAACCUUGGCUUCAAACAACUCCUACUGGAGCGACGUUUACAUUCUUUGACGACGUGUGUAUAUAUUUACAUACUUAUGCAGUUCAUAGAGAGGUUUAUUAUAUGGAAUAGGACUGUGAACCCGAACAUAUAUAACCAAAGUAAUGCUGAGUAAUGCUGCAGUGCACUGCUGCUUCCUCCUAUUAUUCAGUAUACUGCUUUACACUUAGCGCAGUUAUUGUAUUUAUAUGCAUAUCAUGAAAGAAAGCGUUUAAAGCAACAUACUGUAGUACUUUCUGGUAUCUGAGAACAUGAAGGCAGUAUAAAGUGCCUUUUUUUUUGUUAUUACAGUCCACAGAAUGAGAAACACUGAAAUGAAAUCAGUUACGGUGUGACAAUCAAACACAGAGGUUAAAAUGGGAUUUAAAAAAUAAAUCGAUCUUAGAAGAUUAUAACCAGCUUAAUUUAAAAAUAACGAAAGAAUUUCUUGUAUGCUCUUAUAAACAGCACUAUGAGCAUUAUUUCCAAUAUUGGCAACUUGUGAAAUGUAGUAUUAGACCUUAAUAGCAAAGAAAUGAUUGUAAUGAGUAGGGGGGAAACUUAUAGCGAUAGGAUUUAUUUCUUAGCUUUGUAAAAGAAGAAUAACAAUAUGCAAUUUCCUUUUAUUAUUGCAUUGACACUUUAUAUAAAAUAAUAUGCAGACCUUAACUUUUUUUAACUCUUCAGGAAAUAUUUGAAUUGUGAUUAAGCAAUAAGUUUUCCACACUACACCUCUCUUCCCUGUGUGCUUUUUCUGGUCAGUUUCAUCAUCUUACUCUUAAGGUGUUAACAUGCAGAGAGGGCUUUUUUUUUCUUUUAAACUAACUUAGCAAAGGCACAGACAGGUGUUCUCUGUUUUCUCUUCUUGCACUCUUCUGCUAAAAUGUAUAACUGCUUAUAUGCUUACAUUUUUAACUAUUUUGCAUCAUCAGUGAGGAAAAAGCAAGGGAUUUUAAGGACGUAAAAACAUUAAACACAUAAUUGAGCAUUAGGGGUAAAAUGGACUUCGUUGCUCAGGGUGGCCUCAGAUGGAUUUGUUCAGUCAGGUACCGGUAUUUCUAGAAUGGAGCGUAAAUUGAUGAGAGCGUCAAGAGUCCUGACUUUUCUUACACUUUGUAUUUUGUUAAGGAAUCUUAGUCAUGUGAUUGGGGUUAUUCUUGAUCGGGGGAUAACAGGAGAAAGGAAAUAAUUAUUGUUAUUAUGAAGUCUUCAACAAGUUGACCAAUUAGAAAUCUUCAUCUAUGUUUUAUGCCAUUUUUUGAUUUGUAUUUGCAAGUACUCAUUCGCACAUGUCUCUGUAUUAUUUCCUCUAGCUUUAAUAAACCUUUCUUGCGUAAAA